UGGACUCCGGGUUCGAGCGUCCUGUGGGGACAUUGCGCGGCCGCGGGGAAGGUCCCGCGGGGCCAGGCCGCCCGUAGUUGCAGGGCCUCGGCGUGCGGGAGCGGCUCUCAGCUCGGGCCUGGGCCGCCGUCGCCGGGUGGGCGUGGCCGGGCCGAGACCAGGGGUCCGGCGGCCUCCGGCCCAGGCUGCGCGUCCCCGCGAGCGCGCCCGGGGCGGGAUGCACCCCUCGUGCUGGCGGCGCCCUCCUUCUCGCCGCCCCCCGGGCCCAGCGGGGGCGACCGUGGCCCUGUAGCCGCGCCCCGGCCCUCCUUGACCCCAUAAAGCUUCCAGAGAAGGUCGCCCGCGCAGCAGAGCAGCGUUGCAGUAAUUUCAAGUCGUACGUAGUGACUCCUGUCUGAAGGUGGCUUCCCAGUGAGGCAAAAGAAAAGGUUUGGGCUUCAAAGCACAGUUGCAAGGUUCUUCUCUGAGCUGAACUAUGGCUGUGUCUGUGGACCAAGAAAUCCCGGCUUCUCAAGUACAAGAAGAGCUUCGAAUAGUGAAGCUGGAAGAAGAUUCCGCCUGGGUGCAGGAAACUUCCCUUCAACGGAGUAACCCCGGACCAGAGACCUCCUGCCAGCGCUUUUGGCAUUUCCGUUAUCAAGAAGCAUCUGGACCCCGGGAGGCCCUCAUCCAACUCCGGACGCUCUGCCGUCAGUGGCUGAGACCAGAGAAGUGUACGAAAGAGCAGAUCUUGGAGUUGCUAGUCCUGGAGCAGUUCCUGACUGUCCUUCCCCAGGAGCUCCAGAUCUGGGUUAGACAAAAGCAUCCAGAAAGUGGAGAGGAGGCAGUGGGCCUGGUGGAAGACUUGCAGAAAGAACCUGGAAGACAGGGGCUACAGGCAAUGGUGAAGAACUCACAGCCAGAACCAGAAGAACAAUUGAACCACGACCCCGGAGUAGAAGUUCUAUGCUUCCACAAGAGUGCCCUGCCUGAUGCUUGUGCUCUGGGCCUUCCUGUGGAAGAGAGCAGUGGUGACCAGAGGAUGAUGAGCAGCUCCCAGGAGGCACAGAGGCAACUGGAAUCUGGACAGAGGAGCCACCGGGAAGUAACUUGGGAGAAUUCUGCCAAGGGGGCCUUGCUAGAUUUCCCGGCCCACAGACCCAGUGUGAGCUCCCACAUGGAGCAGGAGGAAAGCCCAGAGAGCCCAGAUCUUCAGCACUCCAGAGAUGAGAGUGUGAGAGACACCCUGGUGGCGGCGGGAAGAGUCAAGCCUGGCCAGGGGCCCAUCUUGAGAAAAGCCAAGACCUGGGACGAGCUGGAGUGGCAGGGUCUGGAGGAUGAGAAGGUGGCAGGGGUGCAUUGGGGCUAUGAGGAAACGAAGACUUUUCUGGAUAUUCUCAGUGAGUCCUGGAUCCACGAGAAACUCCGCACAUACCAUCGGAACCGCCAAGUCUACCGGCUUGUGGCCGAGCGGCUGCGAGAGCGCGGCUUCCUGCGGACCUUGGAGCAGUGUCGCUACCGGUUCAAAAACCUCCAGACCAACUACCGCAAAGCCAGGAGCACUCAUAUGCCAGACACCUGCCCCUUCUAUGAUGAGAUGGAUGCCCUCAUGUGCCCACGGGCUGCCACCUCCGUUCUAGAGGUGGCAGGGGGUGUGCUUGGGCAGAGGGACCAUGACACAGAGCAUGAAGAGCUGCAGAGUGGUUGCUGGGACCAGGAGGCGGCAGCGCUGGCCAAGGCUGUGUUAGGAGGCGGAUCAGAGAAGCAGGGGCGGAGCCUGGGCCGCAGAGCAGCAUCUGUAGAAGGGCCUUCAGAGGCUGUGACGGACGAUUCUGAGGGGGAAGAACUGGGCGCUGAAGAAGGGUCUGCAAGCCCUGGUCUCCCAGCCCUGUUUCGGAGCCCUACUGGUGUGCACUGGGGCUAUGAAGAAACUAAAAUUUUCCUGGGAAUUCUCGGUGAGCCCUACAUUCAUGAGAAACUCCGCACCUGCCAUCAGAACCGCCAAGUGUACCGGCUUGUGGCCGAGCGGCUGCGGGCAUGUGGUUUCUUACGGACCCUGGAGCAGUGUCGCUACCGGUUCAAAAACCUCCAGACCAACUACCGCAAAGCCAGGAGCAUCCACGCUCCAGGCACCUGCCCCUUCUAUGACGAGAUGGAUGCCCUGCUGGGUCCCUGGGCCCUCACCAACACCUUUGACGCCUUAGAGGUGGCGGGGGGCCUUCUGCAGGAUCGAGGGGACUCCAAAGAGAACUCGAAGGCAAUGCUGGAAGGUGUGACAGGGGAUGGUAACAAAGCGGAAGAGGAGCCCAGGAGCCUUGGCCCCCCGGCUUUGAGGACGAGGCCCAGUGGGCUUCCACGUCCCCAGCCAGAUGGGCUCUCAAGGCUGGAGAGAAGUGCAGAGCUCUGGAGUCACGGUCCCUGGGUCUUCGAGGAAAUUCGGGAAACCUCCUCUGCAGAUCCUGAAACAAGGACAGAGAAUGAGGAGAACUUGAGCCAGGACAUUUCAGAGGAAGUAGGACUCCCCGGGGCGUUGUUAGAAAGAUCCAAAAUGGAUGUCUCCCAGUCCUUUAAUUGGAAGAAAGACCAGGAAAGUGAAUAUGAGGCAGAAAAGCAACGGGAAAUACCCUUAGAAGAUGGACAAGGGUGGCUCUCUCCUCCAGAAAGAGACUUAGGUAAAUUCAUAGGUCCUCAGGGAACCUAUGUAGAAGAAAAAUCCAACACACACUGUGAAUGUGGAAAACAUUCCAGCCAGAGCUCACACUCAGCCGCCCACAGGUUCGCCCACAGUGGAGAGAAAAGGCCUUACAAAUGUGGCUGCUGUGGGAGGAGCUGUGCCCGGAGCCGCCGUCUGGUUUGCCAGCAGAGGAUGCACACCGGGGGGAAGCCCUGCGCGUGCCCCGCCUGUGGGAAAGGCUUCAGCGAUCACCCUAACCUCACGGCUCACCAGACAAUCCACACUGUAGAAAAGCCCUAUAAAUGUGGAGAGUGCUGGAAAAGCUUCAACCAGAGCUCAAGCCUUAUCAUGCACCAGAGAAUCCACACAGGAGAGAAACCCCAUAAGUGUAGUGAGUGUGGAAAAAGUUUCACCAGUAGCUCGCACUUCAGCGCCCACUGGCGAACGCACACUGGCGACAAACCCUACCAGUGCCCUGAGUGCGGGAAAAAGUUCAGUAAGAGCUCCACUCUCACCAGCCACCAGAGGAUCCACACAGGAGAAAAACCCUACGAGUGUCUUGAAUGCGGGAAGAGUUUCAGCGACCGCUCAAACCUCAUUACCCACCGGCGCAUUCACACUGGAGAGAGACCCUACAAAUGCGGAGAGUGUGGGAAGAGCUUCAAUCAGAGCUCAAGUCUUAUUAUCCACCAGAGGAUCCACACGGGAGAGAAGCCCUAUGCGUGUGCUGACUGUGGAAGGCGAUUCAACAACAGCUCACACUUUAGUGCCCAUCGGAGGACCCACGUGGGAGAGAGGCUCCAAAUGUGGGAGAAAUAACUGUGAAGCAUCAAGUCUGAAAACACUGCGGAAUCCAGCCCAAAAUAGGGUUUGUAUUGCCCUUGAUUCUGUAUCACGACACCCAUAGCAGGUGCAGAGAGAAUUUAGAUCCAGCCUGACAGACCUAUUUUGUUCGUCUCACUACAUACUCACUGGGCUUAUGCAAUACUACUCAGGGCUUUCUUAUCCAUGCUGGUGAAGUGGAAGCUAAUUUCUAGAGAAUUCAGGGACUAAUUCUGAAUUUGACUGGAUCGCCAUCUCAGUGUGUCCUCCUUGUGAUUCUGUGCCUUAAUUUUCACAGCUGGUAACAUGAGGGUGACGUCCUUGUCCCUGAGACCCUCUGUGAAAGACAGAGGGGGCCCCAGCCUCGUGUGCUGACAGCCUGGAUGGCCACGAGAGCCAGCCAUGAGAUGACAGCCUGGGUGGCCAUGAGAGCCAGCAGUGGCCGAGCCGUUUCUUCUCAGCACUGGGCGGUGGACAAGGACUUAUAAAACUGAAUACGUUUUUAAAGGUCUUCCACUGUUCUUCCUAUGGGAAGAAUGGGGCCCAGGAACUGGCUGCCUUUCCCACAUUCCUUUUCUUGGGAUUGACAUGGAGUUACUUGAGAGGAAAGCGCUCUAGUAGAUUAUUUGGAGGAGGGAAAAGAAGAAAAGAUCAAUACUAGAGGUUGGCUUUCUAAACCAUAACCUCCUCUUCCUCUCAACAUAGUAGGUUGAACCAUGAGAGACUGCCAUUUUUGACCCACAAAGCCAGCAAUUUUAUGGUUCAACCUAAAUAGAAUUUUUACGUGGUAGAAUGACUCCGAAUGGCUAGCAGGGCUGUUGGAGAGCCUUACAGCUCAUCCUGUAUCCUAAAAAUGUGAGACUGGGUCUAGAAGACUGGGAACCAGGAUGAUGACGUGGGUAAAGCCUUAGUGUUUGUAAAUACGUCCAGAGCAGUAACUACGAACCGUGGCAUCGAUGGAGAAGACUCUUGGUUGGAGGCGUUCCUGUACGUCACCUGCCUCUGACAAACCCACUAGUUCCCAUUUGUGCUCAGAUCCUUCCGGGGAGGCGCGUACAGGUCAAUAGGCUCCUGGAGAUCUGGGCGUCUCGGCAGAGCCCUUGGAAGGACUCUGACGUACAGAGCGAAUGGUGCUCGGAAAUAAAUGGAACACAGUUUCUCGCUCUUAAAAUAGUUUCCUUUGUGUGUUUGAUUUUAAAAUAUUCCCAACUUUCCAGAAACCCAUCAAUUAUUAAACAAAGCACAGUCUACACAAAUUAUAAUUUUAUCUGACUAGACUUACAAAAUAUGAUUAUUAAGUAAUGUCUUUUUAAAGAAAUAAAGACUUACCUAAGUGGUGUCUGUCAAAAGUAGUCAUUUUGAUGGGCUGUGGGCUUUAUAUGUUGUUAUAUAUAUAUAUUUUAAUACAAUAUAUGUUGUAUUAAAGACAUUCUUUAAUUUUUUUACAAGUUUAAAAAGAGUUUUUCUUUAAGAAUUGUCUUCAAAUGGCCUUAGGAAGCCUCACAUCCAUGGAUUUCCAGCACAUACAGCAGUGUCUUACACAUGGGUAGGCUUAUUAAUAAAUGCGGACAGAGUGACCCGCUUGUUUAUUAUCUGGCCUGAUCAUCUCUCUUAUCCGUGAGACUUGGCUCUGCCCACUAUCUCCUUUCCAAAAAUAGAAUCCCUUCAAAGGAUGUCAAUUUUCUGUUAUUGAGGAGACUUUUCAAAGACCCUCUUUUUGGAGAUGGUUUUCAAAGUAUCCUAGAAAUUUGAGUUCAGAAUUUUUUUUUCUAAAGAUUUUAUUUUUCCUUUUUCUCCCCAAAGCCCCCCAGUACAUAGUUGUGUAUGUUUAGUUGUGGGUCCUUCUAGUUGUGGCAUGUGGGACACCACCUCAGCAUGGCUUGAGGAGCGGUGCCAUGUCCACGCGCAGGAUCUGAACCGGUGAAACCCUGGGCCGCUGAAGUGGAGUGCACUUCAGGCAUGCCCCUGAGUUUAGAAUUUUUUGUAUGGCCAGGAAAUAAAUCUGCUAUGGAUUAUUUUAAAUUAUUUCACUCUUUUCAAUGAGAAAGUCUUUACUUGGGGGGAAAUUCAUCACACUAAAACCUAACGUCGCUCUGCAUUAUAAAAAGACUGGAAAUAACCAGAUUCCCUUUCGGAAACUUUUGCCAUCAUACUUCUUUGGAAUGGAACAAAAUAAUGGGAAAACUGAGCUGGAGAUUGUAGAUGUUUGAUGCGUAUUUUACAAUCCUCAGAGCGACAUGACGUGACAGACAGCUUCUUCCAGCAGUGUUUGCUGUUAGUGCUCCUAGAUGGAGUGCUCCCCACAAACACUGAGGUAAACUGUGGUUCAGCCACGUGGGCCUGUUUCCCAGGGAACCACAUGUACCAGGAUGGUCUCCACAGUGGCCUAGGUUUGAUUCAAACCUGCAGCCAUCCAUUAUCUCGCUCAAGAGCGUUCUGAUUUAUUUUUGUCUACCACUGUACUUGGCGUGAGCAAGGUUCUGGAGGCUCCUAUUUUUAACUCAAUUCAAACUCAUGGUCACAGCUUCAAAGUAUGUCACCCAGACAAGCAGGGUGGCUUUUGGAAGCCAUUUGCUUGGAGACUCCUCAAGAUAAAAAUAAAGAUGAAAGUUAUAACUGGGAGUGCAUGAAAUUCACUUAUAUUAUUAUAAAUGUUGCAGUAGAUGACAUUAAUCAAUCAAGUUAUGUAUUGCAAAAUUUUUUCUGAAAAAACUCAGCAAAAAUACUGGUUCUUAUUCUUGUCUACAGAUAGCAAGAAACACAGGAGCUGGGUUUCCGGGCACUAAUCCUGCCAGCCAAAGCUGACACAAGUAUAUUAAGCUAUUAAAUAAAUGAAUUCCAAGGGAGUUCUGGGUGUGGAAUGGUCAAAGGGAGAGACGUUUUUAUCAACUUUAUCAUUAGGCUCUAGGCCCCAGGGCGGGGACUGUGGGACUGAUGUCUGCAAAGAAUGUAACAGGCCCUGUGGGCCUUGCAAAUGCCGCUAUCGCUGGUGAGCGUGACCCAGGCCGGCCCAGAAGGGGGCUCCGGCUCAUCUGCCUUGAUAACUCUGCUCCACCCCCAGAGAGCGUGACCUCCUUUUACUUUUCCCCAGGAUUUCAGCUUUGCAGUCCUUCAACACAGCUGUAUCAGUCCUCCAGUCGAGAACGUGGAGUGAGAAGCAACACAGCUACAUUUACCGACUAUUCCUGGUAUGUCAGGCCCCACACUAAGCACUUCAGUGCAGGGUCUCAUUUAACCAUCUCAGCCACCCCCCGAGGUGGUUCUAUGAUUAAGCGUUUUCUGUGUGUGCGCAUGUGAGGAAGACUGGCCCUGAGCUAACAUCUGUUGCCAAUCCUCCUCUUUUUACUUGAGGAAGAUUGUCUGCCGCACUAACACCUGUG